AUGGGCAACAACGCCAGCCUCUUUCUGAUGCUUGGUCUCCUGCUCUCUGUUAUUCCCUAUAGAGGAGCAUCAGAGAUAGGAACACACUCCAACGAUGAUGACUACAUACCUGUUUCCUCCGUCGAACACCGACCUCUCGACGACGUGAUCAACACCCUCCAUGGCCACGAGUUUCUUAUUCAACUGUGCAAGGAUUGCCGAUGUUGUUCUACCAGAGACCCGAGCAAGUGCAAGACGAUGAGCUGUUGUCACGAAAUGAUCUGCCAGGAGCCCGGCCGCUUAUGUUCUUUGAAGCCGGUCAGCUGCUCCUGCAACGACUGCGGCUGA